CCAUUGCUGGGGCUGGCCGGCCUGUGCCUUGGAGCCUCUAAGGAGAUGGAACUGCACUCAACCAGGAUGAGAGGCUGCCCGACCAAUGCAGCUGCCGCCCCCUCUGCUGCAGAGGCUUUGCUUUUUGACUCCCUGGUGACCCUAAAGUUGAAGAGCUUCCGGCCGGAGGCCAUUAGAUGGGACACCCGGAAGGCGGAACUUCUAGGGCGGAAGUGGCCGAGAGGCGAGGAGAAUGGCGGCGGAAGGCUGGAUUUGGCGUUGGGGCUGGGGCCGGCGGUGCCUGGGAAGGCCUGGGCUUCCCGGCCCCGGCCCUGGCCCCACUACACCUCUCUUUCUUCUUUUGUUGCUGGGGUCUGUGACUGCGGAUAUAACUGACGGCAACAGUGAACAUCUCAAGCGGGAGCAUUCGCUCAUUAAGCCCUACCAAGGGGUCGGUUCCAGCUCUAUGCCCCUCUGGGACUUCCAGGGCAGUACUAUGCUCACGAGCCAGUACGUACGUCUGACCCCUGACGAGCGCAGCAAAGAGGGCUCUAUCUGGAACCACCAGCCCUGCUUCCUCAAGGACUGGGAAAUGCACGUCCACUUCAAAGUCCACGGCACAGGGAAGAAGAACCUCCAUGGAGACGGCAUCGCCUUGUGGUACACCCGGGACCGCCUCGUGUCAGGGCCUGUGUUUGGAAGCAAAGAUAACUUCCACGGCUUAGCCAUCUUCCUGGACACCUACCCCAAUGAUGAGACCACCGAGCGCGUGUUCCCGUACAUCUCGGUGAUGGUGAACAAUGGCUCCCUGUCCUACGACCACAGCAAGGAUGGGCGCUGGACCGAGCUGGCGGGCUGCACGGCUGACUUCCGCAACCGCGAUCACGACACCUUCCUGGCUGUGCGCUACUCCCGGGGCCGUCUGACGGUGAUGACCGACCUGGAGGACAAGAACGAGUGGAAGAACUGCAUUGACAUCACGGGAGUGCGCCUGCCCACCGGCUACUACUUCGGGGCCUCCGCCGGCACCGGCGACCUGUCUGACAAUCAUGACAUCAUCUCCAUGAAGCUGUUCCAGCUGAUGGUGGAGCACACGCCCGACGAGGAGAGCAUCGACUGGACCAAGAUUGAGCCCAGCGUCAACUUCCUCAAGUCGCCCAAAGACAACGUGGAUGACCCCACGGGGAACUUCCGCAGCGGGCCCCUGACAGGGUGGCGGGUGUUCCUGCUGCUGCUGUGCGCCCUCCUGGGCAUUGUCGUCUGCGCCGUGGUGGGCGCCGUGGUGUUCCAGAAGCGGCAGGAGCGGAACAAGCGCUUCUACUGAGCGGCACCACCAGCGGGGCCUGCGCCUGGGCCCAGGAGCCAAUGUGAACUUUUUUUUUUACUGGGAUUAUAGAAGAACAAGAUGACCUUAUUUCUUAACCGUUUCAAAUAAAUGAUUAAAGUAUUUUCAUACAUUUUGCUUCUUGCCCAGCAGGGACAGGUGGCAGAGCCGAGGCUCAGGGUCUGGCACCCCUACAGCUGGAGACGGAGGCUCUCCUGGGGCUGGCGUCUCAGUGCAGGAGUCUGUGCCUAGAGCUGGGCUGCAGCCCCUGCAGGCAGCUGUUGAACACUGGAGGGUCCCCCGGACCACACUGGGGUGGGCUCCUGAGGACGUGGGGAAGUGAUUUUGUUUUGUGGCGUGUGGCAUGUGUGGCGGCAGAUGAGGCCUGAACUGGGAAACCCAGGCCUUCCUGUUCACCCUGAGCUGCUUCCUGAGACAGAUGCUCAAGCGAGGCCGCAGGGUGGUGUGGUGGGGCCGAGGGUGACCGUUUGCUAAAUAAAGUGAAAUACCCAACCUCA